AUGGUGAAAGAACUGGAUCCUAGCUUAAACGAAAGCGAAUUUCUUUUGGAAGCCUUGCGUAAAGGUCACCGAGUCGACGGUCGUGCUGUUUACGACAUGCGAUUGAUUGAACUGACAUUUGGUUCGGAUUACGGCCAUGUCGAAAUCCAACUGGGAAGAACAAGAGUGGCAGCACGAGUCACUGCUGAGGUGGUUCGACCGCGUCCCGACAAACCUACCGAAGGCAUGUUGCUAUUCAACACCGAAAUAUCACCCAUGGCGUCUGCUUUAUUUGACGCUGGCAGCCGAUCGGAAGAAGAAGUUCUUAUUAGUCGUAUCAUUGAGAAAGCCAUGCGUCGAAGCCGGGCCAUUGAUACGGAAGGUCUGUGUAUUGUUGCCGGAGAAAAGGUCUGGAGCAUUCGUGUGGAUCUGCAUUUCAUGGAUCACGAUGGAAACCUGAUCGACUGUGCAUGCAUAGCGGCUAUUACCGCGCUGUUACACUUUAGACGACCGGAUGUCACAGUUGUCGGUGAAGAAGUAACCAUUCAUCCAGUCGAUCAACGCAACCCGGUGCCGUUAAGUGUACAUCAUAUACCUAUCUGUGUCACAUUUGGAUUUUAUGCGAACGGCGAGUUAAUGGUGGUAGAUCCCACCUAUUUAGAAGAGCAAGUACAAGAAGGCAGCAUGACUAUUACAAUGAAUAUACACAAGGAAAUUUGCACGCUUUCAAAAGCGGGCGGUAUUCCCUUGGAGAUGGACCAAGUACUCCGAUGUUCACAAGUGGCGCUUGUCAAGGUAACCGACGUCACCGAACAAAUUCAAAAAGCCUUGGCCGAUGAUAAAGUAGCAAGGUAA